GCGUUGUUUUGCUGCCAACUGCUGUUGUGCUUCUGUUUACGAAGUGUAACGGUAAUCAAUAUUUGCGCAUUAUUGGAGUAUUAUAGGAAUACUUCACAAAUAAUUUGCAAAAAUGUCAGACAUACGUAUUCUGGGUAAGCGAUUAGCGCAACGUAUCGGUCAGGAAGCGAUUGUGCUUGGCAGAAUUACGGAGAAAAGUUCUGAUAGUAAGAGUGCAGAGAUCACGACGACCGAUGACGCUCGAAUUAACGUGACAUUUCUUGAACCAUUCGACAACACAUCGGGUUACAUAGAGGUGCGUGGUACGGUAAAAUCAAAGUCUACUAUGUCUUGUAGCAGCUUUGUAUGUUUCCCUCCAAGUAUGACUAAAGACUUUGAUUCAAAUGGCUACAAUACAAUGGUGAAUGUGCGCUGUGCAGUGGGGAAUCAGCUAGAAGGAGUAUUCUAUGGAGAUUAAGAAUCAGUUAGGAGUGUUCUAC